CCUUGAUGUGAAAAGCGUUGGUGAAACUGAAGCUGCCGACGAUGAUAAGAUUCCUUCGAACACAAACACGUAUUUGCACAGCGAACUUUUGAAUGAUGCCCUACCGAAGGGUAUGCUAAACCAUUUGCCCUCAUUAUCAGAUCCAUGUUCAGACCCACGUUUGACGCAAACGCGAACUCCCUAUGGCUGCUCGAUCCCGCAGACGAAUAGUAAUCAGGCCGAUGACUCUGUUAGUCAGCACUUACCUUCGAAUGAUUUUAUGGAGCCCGCAACAGCAGCGAUAAUGGACAAAGAUCGUCAACUGCUGGCCCGGCUUUUCUCCACAGAUUUAGUUAUUCCAAAAUGUUACCAGCGUCGGAACGCGGACGCCCCUCGAGUCCUAUCAGACGUGAAUCUCUCUUUUUCGACCACGCCUGCAGAUGACACAGUUAGUAACGAAACAAAUAGCAGACUUGAGCGCAAUAACGGCGGAUCAGACGGUGGGAUCCGUUUGGAAAAUCCUGUAACAUCUAGUGAAAUUUCGGCUUCAUUAAGCAGUUAUUUGCGACCCAUAGAGCCAACAACUGAGCUCUCGAAACAACCAUCGGUGUCCAGUGCAGCAUUUACGUUAUUAACGGAAAUACUUUUGAGGCACCACGACCAUCAGCAACUGCAGGUACUCUCGGCCGCAGCUAACGCGUCUGGUGUGGCGCCGAAUUUGCAAAUGGAUACCGCCUUCAACAAAAACAAAACGUCAGUAGCAGAACAGCCGCAGACGCAUCUUCAUGUGCAACCACUACCGAUACCCUUACAACUGCCGAUCCCUUUGUCUUUGUCUCUGCCACUACCGCUGCCGCUACUACCGAUCAUCAACACUAGUAGCAAUGCACAUGCACAGAACCCUUCCUACAAUCUUCCGCCAUUUCUGUAUGGAGGCAUCUCAGGCAGCGAAUGCAAAGAGCCUAUAUAUUUAAAGCAGCCUCUUCAACAAACGUUGCACGAACCACAAGCGUCUGAUGAACAAUUGCAAAAGCAACAGAGAUCGAGCCAGUUGUUAGCCACGCAAAUUUUAUGCUCACGGCUGCUGCGCGCCAAUGCGCCAGCGCUGUCAGAACACUUACGUGAACGCGAGCUACACUUUAUAGACUAUGCGUCAAGCGGCCCGAAAAUGGGCUUCCAACCAGACAGUGCGCUACCGAGGACGCACUAUAGCAACAACAAUCGGCAUCAUGUAGCGAAUAACAGCGAGGGAAACAACAAUAGUAACGCUUCCCAUCACACGAUGAACUGUGAUCAGCCAGAAAACAGACCAAAUCAUCACUCAGCGUCGUCAGAUUUACUCUCCGAAAUCGGUAGUGAUGAUCCCUACAAUCACACUGCGGCCACCUCAAAUAUAGCUACCGCCACUACCAGCACAAAACUAAGCUUCGAAGAGUUACUGUCUGCUCAAGAAGUGUCGCUAUCACAAGCUCAAAUGCACCUCGAUCAGUUUCUAGCACAGAGCAUGAACUUUGUUGAGCUGACGGCGCCGAACUCCUCGACUUCUGUCAAGAGAUUGUCACGCGUCGUUCCGCUAGUCAAAGUGAAUAUGCAGCAACGGAAACAACUAAUCGACUGCAUUCAAGUACAGAUCAACCAAUUAAAGCGACAAUGCGCCAGUGCAAAGCUUUAUUAUGAACGCGGCAUGUGUCGACUGCAAUCAUCCGAAGCGCUAACGCAGCAGCGGCAAUGCCCGUCCAGUUUUGUGGCUCAUAAGAUUGCAACAUCAGCGGCAGUAGCAGCAAUGUCAGCAGCCGUCGAAACGCAUCCACUUCCGCCCCUCGCGUACAUCAAGACUGAGCUUAUGCACAAGGAAGACUGCGAAGGGGCUAACAGGGAGGCAGCAGAUGUCAAGGAAUAUAACAAACAGUCUAGCAUGAAGUUAGGACGCUCGUUGGUGGAAAUAGAGAACGAGAUAGAGCAAUACGUCCAAGCCUUAUGUAAAAAUAAUGGCAAUGACAGCGCAGUUGAGAAAGACAACCAUGAUACAGAAAGCAAAAACAAUUUGGAACUUGAUGAAGGUCUCACUUGCGGUGCCAACCACAAAGAGGACAAAGAGCUCGGGUACAGUAGUGAAAAAUGGCGCGAGGAAAUGAGCGGAAAUUCUAUACCAACUGGCGGGGAUGUCAGCAGAUGUCUCACACCAGCGUCACCCAUCUGUUUUUGGCACCCAGAAAAUCGCGGCCAUUGCGUGAAUGACAGCUCCUUAACCGUUGCCGAAAUAAUCCUGGAAUGUGCUGCUCUGACCGUACAAGCGAGCAUGCGCGAUUCCGGCUUUUCCGUGAAUUCUCUCUCCACGUCACGAAACUGUGCACAACCACAAAACCGCAAUGUAGAGUUAAAUUCAGCAGUUGGUGGACAGUCUCAACACUCCUUUGGGACUGCUCCCGCAGCAGGAAACUCAAACUCUGACUUAACAUCACAAUUUGAUUCCUGUAAUGUUGCCGAUGCCACUAAAGGCAACGCUGAAAAAAGUUUAUCUUCGCUGGUGUUGGGUAUGACGGCGCCAACGCCUGUUAUCUCACCAAUGCCCGUGAAUACAUCUACUUCCACACCGACGCUGGUAUCGUCGUCGACGCCAACCACUACGCCUACUCCUCCGCUGACUGCGAAUGGUUUAGCGGCGGCUGCAAAAAGUCGGCGCAAAUCAAACUAUGCGCACCGCAUUGAAACAAUUGGUACCCAACCUGCAGCGCCCAAACACGUCGCUAAAACUUACCGCUUCUAUGAACAACAAAAUUCGCAUAAUCUCAGACAGUGCUACAACAGUAACGGCAGUGGCAGUAGUACCUCUGUCAGAGAUGGAGCCAAUGACGGCAAAAACUAUCAGGAUGAGAAAUCCGGCAAGCAGCGUGAAGGCGGACUGACGAAUCAUUCUACAGAGGCGACGGCAGCAACGUCGGCAGCGUCCGAAGCGACCCUUGGCCACCAAAAUAGCCACCAGCAACAACAGUAUGCCCUCCAACAGCAGCAGGACCAUCAUCAUCAUCAAACUCAAUUUAAUGUUACCAACAACAGCAAAAAUAACAACAACUGCAGCAACAGUGCAUAUGGCAUACAUGCUGCAGGGAGCAAUACGCCAAACGUGAGUGCAACAGCUGCAGCCACGGUUGUGGCUCUUCAGGAGCGAGCCUUCACCGAUAUCUUCAAAGCGCGCUUCAACGCACUCACCGCAGCGGCUGUCAUGAAUGCCACCGUCGGUAUAUCAGCCGCCGCUGCCGCCGCUGCAGCAGCGAACACAACAACUGCGCCAGAUGGACCUUAUGACUUAAGCAUCAGCGGAAAAGUCAAGAAAACAAACUUGGAUACGAAAAUAUCCGCAGGCAAUCCCCAGGGAAACGAGUGCAAAGACAACACUAACGAGAAGAAGAAACCGCAUAUCAAAAAGCCACUUAAUGCGUUCAUGCUCUACAUGAAGGAAAUGCGCGCCAAGGUGGUCGCCGAGUGUACAUUGAAAGAGUCAGCGGCGAUAAAUCAAAUACUUGGUCGAAGGUGGCAUGAGCUUAGCCGUGAGGAACAAAGUAAAUAUUACGAAAAAGCGCGGCAAGAGCGACAGUUGCACAUGGAAUUAUAUCCAGGGUGGAGCGCCCGGGACAACUACGGUUAUGUUUCGAAAAAGAAAAAGCGCAAAAAAGACCGAUCGCCCGCGGAUUCGGGAGGUAAUAAUAUGAAAAAGUGCCGUGCCCGCUUUGGCUUAGAUCAGCAGAACCAAUGGUGCAAACCCUGCAGGCGCAAAAAGAAAUGUAUUCGUUACAUGGAAGCGAUAAGCAGCGGCAGUGCCGGCAGUAGCAGCACUAAGGACGAUUGUUAUCAAGAAUUGGAUGACCUAGACGACCCUGAAAGCGAUGAUAAUUUGGGCAGUCCAGGCAGCGGUGAUGACAACAAUAAAACCCCGGAUGAUGACACAGAGUCGCUGAAUCAUUCGUUAUCUAGUCCAGGCUGCCUUAGCGGUUUGUCAAGUCUCCAGAGUCCGUCCACUAGCUUGGCGAGUCCAUUGAAUCUGCUCGCCAGUCCAGCAGCACCGGUUACAGUGGGCCUGACAUUCGGUCUCGGCGACCACCAGUAUCAGCAGCAGAAUGCGCAAUCCCAUCAACAAUUGCCGCAGCAUGCGUCGUCACUACAAGCGCAGCAGCAGUUGGUGCAGCCGAGCAGCAUUGUUGAUACGUCGGCGGCACAGCAGGCGCGAUUGUCUUGCCCACCGCAGCAACUGCAUCUGAAACAGCAUCCGCAGCAACAUCACCCGCUUGCGCAUACGGAACAGGCGCUCGCUAACAGCAGUGUUUUUGAACACUCGAAGGCAACAAAAUCGUUCUUCUGUGGUGGCGGCAUGGAAGGCGUAUGCGGCGGAGUUGACGAUACAUUAAUGUCGCCAGCUCUGUCAAAUAAUGGCGCCAGUGGCAUGGGUCUCGGUAAUAAUUUAACAAAUACCUCAUCCUCGACUGCUGCGGCUGCGGCGUCCGCCUUUACAGAACGCACAAUGCGUACACUACUGAAUCCUAGUCCGUCUACUUCGCUACUUCAUAGCAAUUGUUUUCCGCCAAGCAGCCUUGAAUCGAAAGGCGGCGCGAUCGUGUCCAUUGCUCAAAUGCUGUCUAAUACCACCAGCAAUGCAACGUCCAGCGUAAAUGCCAGAACUUCUAGAUCUACGUCAGUCAGCGUCGCUUCCAGCGACACUACAACUAACUACUCCACAACCGUUGAGACUGGAACGUCAAAUGGUUGCAAUUCCUACACCAGCAACUUAAGUACCACUGAGAACCCUAGCGAAUUGGGCAGUAAUGGUAAUUACGAGAGCAUUCAACUAGCGCCCGCUACUCAGUCGAAUGCAAACAAAUCCACUCCACUUAUCGAUGGCAAAUCCUCAUCCGCUUCAUCAGCGGCUUCUUCGCCAGCUGCCGACAACUUGGAAAAGUCAAAUGUUACACCAGCGCAUAGAAAUCCAAUCGGCGCAAAUCCACAUGACAUCAACAACCCACUAAGCAUCAAUCAGCUGACAAAAUGUAGUGAAAGUAUAAGCAAUAGUAGCAGUCACAAUAAGUCGCAAAGCAUCAGCGUCAACGAGAACCUUAAUGUGGCAGGCACAGAGUGCUCAACAACAUUGUCCUCUAGCGUUAGCAAUGGUACCACACAGACAUAUAAAGUCAGUAGCCAUCAGAAGCAACUGGCCUCGCGCCUGCCAACAUCUGCGACUCCGCAUCAGCAGCUCUUGCCGCCAGCACCGCUACAAUAUCAGCAGCAAUUUCAUCUGUGCGGUUCGUCCGGUCCGCCACCCCCGCCACCGCCUAUGCAACAUCACACCACCCUCCACCAUGCGCACCACCACCAUCCCAAAGAGCAUUCACCGCUCUUUAAUCAGCACUUCCAGCAGUUUAGCCACCACCUGGCUUCCGUGGCGGCAGUAGCGGCGGCGGCAGCAGGCGUGCAUAUACCCAACAUAAUUGGCGCGGCGGCAGUUGCGAGCAUCAAUAACAGUAUACACCGCAGCGGCGGCUUAAGUGCAACGAAUGACUCAAACUUGCCGAGUGCGACCAACAUCUGCGGACCACCAGCCAACGCUUUGACUGCAACGCUCUCCUCUAUAACAACUACAACAGCAGCAGCAACUUCAACUACGUCGGCAGCGGAAGAAAUUACUACAGGCUGCAAUUCAGCAACCACAAACAGCAGCGUCUCCUUGACGCCGAUUAACCGGCGCACAGGGACGGCGACAGCAGCAGACUCUAGUGUCGCUAAUGUUGUUGUUAAUACGAGUACUCCUGGUGGGGAAAAAGGCGCUAUUAGCGUUACGUAACGGCAAGAACAACAAUUAGUGCCGCAGUCAAGCGAGAUCAAAUGCGAAGUGCUAAAUUCCAUCGAAAGAGUCAUCAACACCGGAAGCAACACAAUUUCAGUAGCAACCUCAAUGCUAUGCAUAGUAAUUUUUGGUAUUGUUUAUUUUCUAUAAUUCCACAUUUUUACUCAUGAACGCACUGAAGCAUCUCAUGGCAGUUAGUAGAAAACAAACAUGACGCUAAGUACACAUUCCAUCUUCAAAAGACUCAAGAGGACUAGAAAAGGGCUUUGAUUUUCUUUCAAUCAAAAGAAGAAGAUAAACAUAUUGUCGAUGCCUUUACAAAACCGCCCAUCGACCAGUUGCAGAGCCGCCUAAAUCCCAGUAAGGGCAAAAAUUAAAUUUGGUAACCCUGAACUGCGGGCAUCGAGAUUUAUGCAUAAAAAUUUUAAAAUCGUUAUUAAAACAACCGAUUUGUACAAUAAAAGCUGAGAAAAUACCGCCUAUCAAUUGCAUGCCUUCAAAGAAAAACAGUUUUUUCUCUCUUCUUUAAAAUUUGAGUGCCGUAAGAUAGGCGGUUUUGCAAAAGCAUCGACGAUAUGUACAUAUGUAUGAAAACGCGCAUGUUUUGCUGAUAUUGACGAUGGCAACUUUUUAUAGGUUCUUUUAGCAUCAAAACCACUAUGGUUAGAUGCCGAGUACCGAGUGUGCAUUCUAUGAAAAAAGCGAGAAAUUCCCUUAAGAUAGUUUUCUAUUCUCAGCGAGAAAAUUUUAUUACACUUAAAUAGGUCCGUUUUCUCAUGUAGGUUUGAAAAUUUAUCUGCACUUUAAACUAAAAUGUUGCUCCGAAAAAUGUGUUUGAAGGGAAGAUAAAUUUUAAAACCUACAUGAGAAAACGGUACUUAGGGCCAGUUUUUCAGUGCCCGGCGCGGUUUAAACUAGGUUUAAACGCUCGAUAUGGCUGGUUUAAACUAAGAUUAGCUAAUCAAAUGUCAGCCAGCUGUUCAAUUUAAACUCAGUUUACUUAAUCUCAGUUUAAACUGGCACUGAAAAACUGGCUCUUAGCCUUUAUUUAGGAUCUGAAAAAAUAAUCGUGAGGAAUCCCGAAAGUGUCCUCCAAACUUUGAAAUCGCGAACAAGUCUGACCUCCAGAGAAAACACAGUGACCAAAGUCAAAAACUUUAUAGUAAUGAGGAAAUCAUAUUCUGCCACGUCGGAGUAUUCUACCAGCAUUUCCAAGGCGAAUUAAAAUUGGGUGACAGCAGGAGAACAAAAAAAAAUUACAUACCUCUUGUUUUUGCUUUUGCGGCGUGAAAUAUCAAAAUCUGUAAGAGUGUGUGUGGAAAUGGGAACCAAAUAUUUUAAUUAGGGAUGUCAGCGGUAAAAAUACAUUGAUGUUUUUCUUUGAUUCGAUGCAUCGAAGGGCAUACAUCGAUGAAUCGAUUUGUAUAGGGUUUUUUUCAGAUAAUGUUUUACGGCAAAAUAUGUUAUUUGCAAAGCCGUAGAAAAUUUUAAAUAAAUUACUGCAACUGGGCUAAUUAAUUUUAAGUCACUUCUCUUUUGUGUGCGAUCGCUAAACUGAAAUGACGGUUCUAUAUAACAGAGUUGUCAGUUUUCAAAAAAACAUUGAUGCAUCGAAGCAAAACAUCGAUAUUUUCGAUGCAUCGUUGUUUUCCAACAUCCCUAAUUUAAAUUUGACUUUCCAAGCCGCGCGAAAAUUAAAAAAUUUCAAGUCGUCACCAUAUACGAAAAGGCCUUGAUCAUUUGAUUUCAAAAUUAUAAAAUGAUACUACUUCAUUAUUCUCUAACUGCCAUUUUUAAUGAACUUACAUGAAACUUUUUAAAAAUAACUGUCGAAACUACCAUCACAAUAAGGGGUUUAAAUUUUGUACGAAAAAAAUUAUUCGUUAAAUUAAACUGUACUUCUCAAAAGAUAGAUUUAUCUUUAAAGUACAGAUGGGCUCGCACAUAAUUUCUUGGUCCCGACACGGGUGCAGAACAUUCGAAAACACGCAGUGAAGCUCGGCACGGUCCUACACCACCCAAAAAAAAACUAGCAUACCUUUUAUUUUUUACGCAUAGGUAUUUUUUUAACUCACAUAUCUAUUAGUAGAAGAUGAGGAGUAAUGAAAACCCAACGAAAGUAAUGUUUUUGUAAAAAUGUGGUUAGAAAAGGUUCGUGCAUAUGUGAAACUGAAAGAAAAUAUAUUGUAUGUAUAGGCAAAAUUCCAUGUCAACCGAAUCAUGACUGCGCCAAAAAAUAUAAGAAACCAAUCUGAUUAAAAAACGAAAAAAGAUGUUCGAAGGUGAAGGAAUGUACUUUAAGGUAAAAUUUGUGAAAAUAUUUGAAAAAAUGUAUUAUUGAUUAUAUAAGUUGUUGAAAUUAGCCAAACAGUGCCAUUUAACCACUUUCAGGUUUGGAUAUCUCAAAAUUAUGACGUUAUAGAGCGAUUCCCUUAGGAAAAGUAUAGUCAGGUUUCUAGGUAAGGAAGUCACACUCAUUUUCUUGGCUUGUGUUAUUUUUCGCACUGAUUUUGAAAAAAAUCAUUUUCUUUUGAAGAACUAACCAAUUCGUAUCGAAAAGAGGCGGUUUGAAAUACAAGUGAUGGCUGACAAAAACAGUGAUAACAAUUCCUUCAAAAGCAUUUUUCAGAAUAGAGCCUAUGAGAAUCCAGUAAAGUAAAAAUUUACUGGUACUGUAGCGAAACUACAACGAAAACUUAUUCACAAGCAAUAAGUUUCUGAAAUUCAGAUAAUAAUAUCUUCAUACUCUAAAGCGAAUUGUAUCUUCAGAGUGCGGUGACAUACGAUUUUCUACGUUUAAGUAUAGUAAGUGAACGCCUGUUACGUAUUUCGCUAACAAUUUUAUCAGAUAACAAGAACACUCGCUUUCUAGUUCUAGAACUCUACAUACUGUGAGCAUCAUUUUCAAUUUGGCCGUUGACGAAACUCUAAAACUGGCUAAUUUAGUCGGAAUUUUAAUGCCGCCACACCCUAGGAUUGUUAUAUACCGAAAAAAUAUACCCCUAUUUUUUUUUGUUUUGAGGUAAAAAAAAUUAGGGAGUGCUCAAUUCGCUCAAAGUUUCCCCUGUAUUUUAUAUCGGGAAAAAACAACUUUUCGUAGAAAUGAUGUAGAAUUCUGGAAAAUCAAUAUUUUUCAAUCAGAGAGCCCCAAUAAUGGUACUCAAUUAUUUCUUUAACCAUUUUUUCAUGGUAACUAUAUUUUAUAGGUCGGCCAAAACCCCUAGAAACUGCAAUGGGGGACCAAUAAAAAAUCUUUAGUAGUUUAAAAAGGUUAAGUUAACUGUUGCGUAUUAAUACUGGAAGUCUGCUGAAGAGAACCAGAGUUUUUCGAUCGAAAAAUAUUGAUUUUCAAGAAUUGUAUAUC